CUGAUUCCAUCUCAGAUUAUUUCGUACCCGCUUCAUCGGAGAAUCCAGAGCAAGAAUAUCCAAGGAAACUCUAUUGCUGAAUAAUGAAAAUCACAUCAUAUUUAAAGCAAAACUGUGCCAUCAAAUAAGUUUCGAUAGACACGCAGAAAUCAUAAAAAUUACAUUUUAUUCAAGUUAAUUCCGAGUUGAAUUUUUAGCAUGCUAUGUAUAAACGACAAAUGCACCAUGCGCCCAUAGCGUAUCGAAAAUAAAAUAUACUUACGGGAAUUGUAUUGAUGAAAUAUUGUUGACUGCAAAUAUUUGCCUUUACAUUGGAAACACAUGAAGCAAAUAACACGUAGCAAAUACGCGACGUGGAUCCGUGCAAAAGUGAAAGUGAAGUGCGUAUGACUGACAAGUGUGGGUGUUCGAUAUUCAGCAAUGGAGCUUGUUAUUCUUGAAUGAAAUUGAUACAGAAUAAUCAACGAAUGAGGAGGAAUUUGCAAUGGGGAUCGAGCACACUUCAAUAUCCUAGCUGGUAUAGCUGGAUGGCGUACUUAGCUAGGGUACAACGACCGAUCAUUUUGCUGUGCGCCAUCAUUGGCGUCUCUUGCCAAAGGCCUUAUUCUCAAUCGCCGCACCAGGCGGCGAUUUUGAGCGACGCGCGAUAUCUCGCGGGUGACGGCACAUUCGGCGCGGCGUAUACACAAGAAGACGGAGUGGAAUUCAAAGAGGAGAGUGAUGUGAAUGGCAAUCGACGUGGAUCCUACUCAUAUGUCGAUCCGACCGGGCAAAGACGCACCGUGACUUACACUGCGGGAAAAAACGGAUUCCAGGCAACUGGCGACCACAUUCCUAGCGCACCUCCGCCGGUGCCACCACAACCGGAAUAUGUACCACCACCGCAGUAUAACCCGCCGGAUUAUCAACCCCCGAGUUAUACGCCACUACCCCCUCAGCAGUAUCCGCGGCGCUAUCAACCGGAUUACGAACCGCAACCUGUUUACCAGCCGCAGCUUCAGCCGCAAUACCGGUACCGGCCGCAGCCACAGCCGCAGCUUCAGUAUCAUCAUCCCUCGGAAUUACAAAAUAUACCCUCAUACGUUCUUCCAAAGCCGCAUUAUCAGCCCCAACCCCGACCCGCGCCGCAGUACAAUGCGAUAACGACACCGGCGCCUCGGAAUUUCUAUCCGCCGGGAAAGCUCAGCUUUAAUCGGACUCCCGAUGGUUUCUCCUACUCAUUCAGCAAAAGUUAAGUAGUGAUUUGCAAGUUAAUAACGCAAGAAAAACGACAAGAUUAGAUCUAGCACGUACUAAUCAGAAGAAUAUUUAUAACUUGAAAUAGAAAACAAAAAUAGUUGGAUGGCAAAAAAUACAAAGUAA